GCUGACAGGCGGAGGAGCGAGGAUGGCACCAUAUACCCGCACAUCCAGCUGCAUUUGGACAGAGAUGUUUCAGUCUCACCUUAACACACAGGAGUGAACAUCAUCUGCUGACAUCAUGGUGGAGGGAAACGAAAGUGUUUCCUUGAACGGGUCACUGGCGGAGCUGGACCGUUUCAGCAACCUGGAGGACAUCGACGUGUCCGCGGACGGGAGCCCGGUGCUGAGAUUCCUCAUCUGCAUGGUGUACUCCGUGGUCUGCGCUGCGGGGCUUGUGGGGAACCUGCUGGUCCUCUUCUUCAUCAGGGUGAAACGGGAGAGGAAGAUGUCCAGCGUGAACUUCUUCGUGCUCAAUUUGGCGGUGACGGACCUGCAGUUUGUCCUCACGCUGCCCUUCUGGGCCGUGGACACUGUGAUGGACUUCAGCUGGCCGUUUGGAGACGCCAUGUGCAAAAUCAUCCUCUCCAUCACCGUGAUGAACAUGUACGCGAGCGUGUUCUGUCUCACCGCCAUGAGCGUGACCCGCUACUGGUCGGUGGCCUCUGCCCUGAAGAACAGAACCCCGCACAGGUCCUGUUCAGCCAAAUGGGUGUGCGCGUUAAUUUGGACUCUGGCGACUCUGGCCACUACGCCAACUUCGAUCUUCUCCACUGUCAGCAACGUGACCGGAGAGAAGCUGUGUUUGCUGCGGUUCCCGGGUGGACAGUACUGGUUGGCCGUUUAUCACAUACAGAAAAUACUUGUGGGUUUUGUGUUGCCAAUGUCCAUCGUGUCCAUCAGCUACAUCAUGCUGCUGCGCUUCAUCCGCAAUCGAAGCAUGAAAACCAGCAACCCCAAACGCAGAUCCCAGGUCACACGAUCCAUCACCAUCGUCGUGUUGUCCUUCUUCCUGUGCUGGAUGCCCAACCACGCCAUCACCCUGUGGAGUGUGCUGGUCAAGCUGAACGUUGCAAACUGGGACAGCGCCUAUUACAUAGUCCACACGUAUGUGUUCCCACUGACCGUCUGUCUGGCGCACACCAACAGCUGCCUGAACCCCAUCAUUUACUGCCUCAUGAGGAAGGAGUUCAGGAACAAACUCAGACAUCUCAUACACAGAGGAUAGUGGGUUCUGGGAGCGUGGUGGAGGAUUUGACAGAGCGCGUAAAGGUUUGGGAACCUAACCAUAGCGCACCGGUUGCGCACGACAGAAAGACAUGGAGUGAGAUGAGAGACGGGUCAGAAAGCACAGACAGGACAAGCAGCCUCCUGUCGAGAAAUUCUGCUCAUGGAGAAAGUUCCCUUCGUCAGCUUCUUGUCUUUAAUGCUGUGCGUAAUGUCGCCAAUUUCUAUAAAGAAACCUGCUUUCGUCUAAGAGUUACUUUUGCGUAUAAAUAUUACACGCAUGACUCCCGUGAAGUUGCUUGUUAAAUAACUAUUAGGUGUGCUGUAUGUCGAGUCCACGGUCUCAGUGACUGCGUGCGUAAUUACGCAUGACAAUUAGCCAUACCGCUGGUGUUGUAAUUCAGCAAGUGAUGAGUGGGUGGGCGCUUUCUCCUUCCACAUUCAAUAAUGUAACCAAUGUAAGAUACGUGUGUUAUAACAGAUUAAUACAAACAUCACCUGUUCACCUGCUGAGGCAAAGAACCAAAAGAACAAAAUGUAUAAAAUAGGUUGUACAUGUGCCAAGAAUGUGUGUCUGUACUAUAAUGUGCUGAAAUACUCAAGCGGGUCCCACCGGCUCAUGAAAGAUGAAGAUGAAGGUGAAGGUGGAGAUGAGAUGUGAACAGCAGGUGGUCUCAGUGAACAACAGAACAUAGGAGAUGGCCUCCUCCACUGUUAAUGCUCAGGAACGACCCGCUGACUCGAGCUCAAACACGCAAAUGGAAGAUGAAUCAGACUAUAAUGGAUUUUUUUUCUCGAAUCCAAGAAGUCUCCACAAUCACUCUUAUCGGCUUUGAAGAGUGGCUGUGUACGCACGAGCACCGCAUGAGCACAAAAGGCCUGAGAGUGGGUCAGAGGAUCUGCAGCUGUACACGUGCACGCACAGCAGGGGCUCGUUCACAUACAUUCACAUCAAAAACUAAGCAAUUUCUGACAGGACCCUGGCUUCUGUUGUGGGUUGAAUUGCAAUGACCUUAAUGUGAAACGUUGAAUAUAACAGAACACGAUUUGAAUCUGUUAUUAUUCAUAUUAGUUCUUGAAGGAGCCAGCAAAGGGUUUUGUUGUUGUUCAGUUGUGCUGGCUGGAUUUUCAUUUGUAUGUGCUGUACAUAUUUAUUUAUUAACCUGUCCAGUCGGUUUUUAAGAUGUUGUUGUUUAAGCUCAUUGUUAAUCGGUCGUGCCUGUCUGCCUUCUACUUUCAUUAGAAAGUGAGAU